GCGACGCUGGUGGUGCCGGAGCCGUGACCUCCAGACCUUCUUUCCCGAACCCGCGCUCCCCGAUCCUCCACCGGUAGCGGCUUCGGCGCGGAGCCAUGGCCGAGCGCGGGGAGCUCGACUUGACCGGCGCCAAACAAAACACUGGAGUAUGGCUCGUAAAGGUUCCUAAGUACUUGUCUCAGCAGUGGGCCAAAGCUUCAGGAAGAGGCGAAGUAGGAAAGCUGAGGAUUGCAAAGAAUCAAGGACGGACUGAGGUAUCUUUUACUUUGAAUGAAGAACUUGCAAAUAUCCAUGAUAUUGGUGGAAAACCUGCUUCUGUCAGUGCUCCUAGAGAACAUCCAUUUCUCUUGCAAAGCGUGGGAGGACAGACUUUAACAGUCUUUACAGAGAGCUCAUCAGAAGGCCAGCCUGAAGAAAAUUCUGAGAGCAGUAAUAAUGAUAAACUUUCAUUGGAAGGAAUAGUGGUACAGCGUGCUGAAUGCAGACCUGCUGCCAGUGAAAACUAUAUGAGAUUGAAGAGAUUACAAAUAGAAGAAUCUUCAAAACCUGUAAGGUUAUCCCAACAGCUGGACAAAGCUGUUACAACCAAUUUUAAACCAGUGGCUAAUCAUCAAAACAAUAUUGAAUAUGAGAAGAAAAAGAAAGAAGAUGGAAAACGAGCUAGAGCUGAUAAGCAACAGGUUUUAGACAUGUUGUUUUCAGCUUUUGAAAAACAUCAAUAUUACAAUAUUAAGGAUUUGGUAGACAUCACUAAGCAGCCUGUGAUAUACCUGAAGGAAAUCUUGAGAGAAAUAGGCAUUUACAAUGUUAAGGGGACCCACAAAAAUACCUGGGAAUUGAAGCCAGAGUACAGACAUUACCAAGGAGAGGAUAAGAGUGAUUAAGGAGACUUCAUCUGGAUGCAGAGACGCUGGCAGCUGGCAGGGUGGCUUGUCACUGUACUAGUAAGCAAACCUUGCAGUUGUCCUCGAAACUUUGAGCAGUCUGUUAAAGAGAGUAAAGGAACAGAUACUUUUUAAUUCCUCUAGCUUCACUUUUUUGUUUGUUUUUAAUAAAGUUUCUAGAGUUUGGGGGAGGGAAAUUAUUUAUAAAAGAAAUUUGUAAUAAGCCAUGCAAGGGAUUGUUUUGCUUUAAAGUUAGUUUUGUUUUUUAAGAGUUGACUUUGAAAUGUAAAAUAAGGAAAGGUUUUCUAACACCACAGAAAAACCUGAAGUAAUAGCAAAUGUCUUGUUGAAUGAAGCUUUGCCUUUAUUCCCCACAAUGGACAAUUGAUUCAAAAUGAAGACAACCAGGGGAAAGGGAGGCAACCACAGUUUCAUAAAUGAGGAAAGCAAAACUUCUCCAUUCUGAAAUACACGGAAGAACGAAGUUACCUGUUAAGUUUGUGGUUUUUAAAAUGUGAUCAUGUUUUGUGUUUAAAUUUAUCAAUUAAAG